UAGUUGAUUGGUUUAUACUGUUUGAAGGGUGGGUCACUGGCAGACAACCGUCAAACCGGUCUGACCGAGUUUCUGUGUGUUUGUGUGAGACACACGCCAGGUGUAGGCAUUCCUCGACACCCGCAUUCUGGUGUCAGUCCAAGGCGUGGAAGCUUAGAAAAGAAUCUAAGAGGUAAAGAAACAUGGCGGAAAGAGAACCAGAGGACGAAGCGCUGUUUGAAGGUCAUGGUAACGGGAUCUCCAAGGACAAAGAUCAGGGUUUCUCUGACUCCAUUAAGGUGAACUACGACAAGGCUCUCAAGUAUCUGGGCGGGUUUGGGCCGUGGCAGAAGAGGGUGUACCUCUUGGUCUGUCUCCCCGCCGUCUUCAACGCCUUCCAGACCAUGGGCAUCGUCUUCAUCGCCGCCGAGCCAGACUUCAGCUGUCGGCAGCCGGACGUGAACUUCACGGGGCUGAACGCGACCGACGCCGAGAUACGGAACAUCACCGUCCCUUGGGAGAAAAAGGGCGACGAGUGGAAACAAAGCCAGUGUUCAAGGUACAGUUAUAACUUCACUGCAUCUGACCUAGAGACGACGUACCAGGAUUUUGUGAGCAGGUAUCCUGUAGCCAACCGAACCAAGAUCCAGUGUGACCAGGGAUACGUGUACGAUACCUCACAGUUCGAAAACACCGUCGUCACACAGUGGGACGUGGUGUGUGAUAAGAAAUGGCAGGUGAACAUGAUCCAGUCUGUGUGGAUGGCGGGGCUCAUGGUUGGAUCCUUCUUCGGAGGACACGCGGCAGACAUCUGGGGCCGGAAGCCUGUCCUGUUGGCCCUGAUGGCUGUCAUGUACCUGUUCGGUAUGGCCUCUGCCUUCUCCCCUAACUUCACCGUGCUCACCGCCUUUCGCUUCAUCAUGGCGUGUGCCGGUAUGAUCAUCUUUGAGAUACCCUUCGUCUUAGGAGCGGAGAUGGUGAGUCCUGAGAAGCGGACCCUGGUGGGGAUGAUCAUCAUGAUCUACUGGGCGGUGGGGUACGUGCUGCUGGCCGGGGUAGCCUACCUCAUCCGCUCCUGGAUGUGGUUCCAGAUAGCCGUCACCAUGCCUUACCUCAUCGGUUUCGCCUACUAUUGGAUGAUCCCCGAAUCUCCGCGUUGGCUGAUUUCAAGGAACCGGCAAAGCGAGGCGAAAGCCAUCGUAGAGGAAGGAGCCAAGGUCGCGAAAGUGAAUCUACCAGAUGAAGUAUUCCACGACGACGCCCCACUGACAACAAAGGAGGAGGAAGGCGGUUCGGACAGAGCUCUCUAUACAUUCGUAGAUCUGUUCAGGACUCCAAACCUGCGCAAGUGGACUAUCAACCUGUUCUUUAACUGGGCGGUGAACAGCAUGGUGUAUUAUGGAAUAUCCCUGAACGCCGCGGCGUUCCACGGGAACCUGUACCUGAACUUCGCCAUUUCCGGGUUUGUGGAGAUCCCGGCUUACCUCAUCUCAAUCUACAUCCUGGACAAGUUUGGAAGGCGCUGUUCACUGUCCAGUCUUAUGGUCGUCGGAGGCGUGGCUUGUAUCGUCGCUUUCUUCAUUCCAAAGCACCUGUUCUGGCUAACCACCACCCUGGCCAUGAUCGGGAAGUUCUGCAUCACCGCCACCUUCGCCAUCGUCUACAUCUUCACAGCCGAGAUCUACCCCACCGUUAUCAGGCAAAUCGGCCUGGGCAUGGGCGCCAUGAUGGCUCGUGUUGGCGGGAUCAUCGCGCCGUUUAUCGACCUGCUGGGCGUCUAUUGGACGCCGUUGCCUUACGUCAUCUUCGGGGGGACUUCGAUUGCCGCCGGGCUGCUGGCGCUGCUCCUACCGGAAACCAAUGGGAUUGCACUUCCGGCUACCAUCGAGGACGGCGAGAAUUUCAGGAAGAAAGACGGCAUUGUGGAUGAGGAAAAGGAAACAGCUAGACUUUAGUUCUGGGACGGACAAGAUCCGACUCUCCAAGCAGAGGUUAGGCUCCGGCUGUUCUUUUUAAGCUUUUUUUAGUCGUUUUUAUCGGGCUUUCUAUUUUGAAUUGUAUCUUGAUCUAUCUUGUAUUGUCAAAACCUAACUGGCGGACUUCAAGAUUCAAAAUAGAAAGCUCGAUAAAAACGACUAAAAAAACGUUUUAAAAAGCCAGAGCCCAACCUCUGCUUGGAGAGUAGAUGAUCAUAGUUUGUGGUUAUUUUUGGAGUAGCUGAAAUAAACCAACUAAAUAUUGUCAUCUGAGAUCCUCAAGGUUUUUGUAACAUUUGAAAAUUCUUUUUUUUGUACAAAGAGAAGGAAAGAGAAUUGUUUAUUUUUCUAAUUCAAUACAGCUAGAAAGAUGUUGUUGUUUAAUUUGUAAA